UGGCCCAGCCUGGAUAUUUGAAUAGUGUCAUUCUCGCCAAACUAGACUGCCCCUGUCACUGUCCCAAAAGGUCUCUGACGUGUUGUUUUGUUGAUGUACACUUGGCAAUUUAAUUCACAAGCCGCAAAAAGUUAAAAAUGCUGAAUAUCCAAACACAUAUGGACUUUGAGGGUCAGGGUAGGGCCGAAAAGCUUUCCCGCAUCAUCAUAACCCUGUUCGGAACCGUCGGUCUAGUGUGGGGCUACAUUAUCCAGCAGUUUUCGCAAACGGUGUACAUUCUGAUUGCCGGAGUUUUGCUCGCCUCAAUUCUCACCAUUCCACCGUGGCCAAUUUAUCGCAAGAAGCCACUGAACUGGCAAAAGCCCCGUCCCGAUUCUCAGACUGCGCAAAGUGCAGGAGACGAAACGAAGAAGAAAAAGAAAAACUAAUAAUUCCGAUGAUGUGCUGAAGGGCUGAAACUACUACUAAUAAAAACAACUAUGUUGGACUUGUA